AUGUCUGAAUCCACUGGUGCCUCGCACGAGACAGACAGCUCGAAAGGAUCGAGCAGAUUGAGGAAAUUGACGGAAUCGUCGACCUGGACCUCGCCGUUCAGAGCCUCUGGAAGUAGAAAAAACAUGAUCAAAGAAUUCAAAGACAACAACUCGGUGUCGCAAGUGCACGUGCCCAAGAAAUUCACCCUGCACCCCAAUUUGGACAAGGGCGCCGAGAAAGAGCCCAAAGGAGACGAGCCCAAAGAGAGUGAGCCCAAAGAGAGUGAGCCCAAAGAGAGUGAGCCAUUGGCCGAGGAGGAACACAAAUCUGUUGCCGCCGAUCCUGCUGCUGACGGGGCCCCGGAUGCAGUCCCGAAAAAUGAGCCAGUGGCACUUGGAUCCGACGAGGAGGAGAGGCCAUUGACUGAGGCCGAGAAGGCGGAGGUGGAGCGGGCCAAGGAGGAAAACGGCGAGGAGGAGAACGGCGAGGAGAAAAACGGCAAGGAGGCCGAGACCGAGGAUCCUGCAAACAGCGAGGCGGACAAUGGAGGAACCAACGUGGAAGCCGAAGGAACCUCCGAUGGAAUCGAAGGGGCCGACAACACCGAAGUAGAAGGUGCUGACACUGCCGAAAACAAGGAAAGUGAAGCCGAGCCGCAAACAGAGGAUAAACCCGCCCAGGCUGCGGAAGCCACCGCAGACUCUGCCGGUGCCGAGGAGACGCCUGUCGUCAACGAAAACUCCGGCGACGACCACAUCGAGCAGCAGGUGAAAGAGGUGCCUAUGGAGAUCGACACGGCGCCGGAAAACAAGUAUGUGCCGGUGGCGCCGCCUAACCAGAAAGUGUUGGACCUGCUUGCCGACAAACCCGACUUGUUGAACCGGUACCAGGAGUUGAACGGUGCCAUCAACAGCCAGGCGUCGACCUCUUUGGAUGGCCCCGACAAAGUGGUGAACUUGGGCAGCGGGCUCCUUUUGACCCAGCAGCAGUUGUUGGACAUUGCCGCCAAGCGCGUGGCGCCCGUGAUUGCCAACAUCAACAGCGAGGUCGAAAAGACACAGAUGGAGGACCAGCUCAUGGAGAAAAAGGAGGUGGACGCGUCGGUCGCCAAGCACGAGGCCAAGUUGGGCAAGCUCUUCGAGAAACACGCGGCCAAGGUGGCGAAGUUGAAGGAGAAGUUCGACAAGGAGAUUGCCGUCAAGCUCGGGGAGCUUGAAAAGGAGUCCGAGUCCAGCACGGCAGCGGCCGAGGAGUUCGACACCACCACCAGACAAGAAAUCCAGACCGCCAGCGACGAGUACUUGGAGCGCGAGAAGAAGGCCAUGGAGCAGCACGAGAUCGACAAGGAGACCUUGCUCAAGAACCACGACGAGUUGGAGGCCACCAAGAAGCAGGAGUUGGAGGACGCCAAGACGGGCCAGACCACGGCCACCGAGGAAAUCGAGGCCUUGCAGGAAACGAAGUCUGCCUUGGACAACUCCAACACCGAGUUAUCCGACGAGAUCGAGCGGUUGACGCAGCAGUUGGCCGAGCGCGAGGAGGAGUUGACUGCCGUCACCGGCAAGUUGACCUCCGAAAAGGAUGCGUUCAACCAGAACGAAGAAACGAAGAAGAGCUUGAACGAGAAGGUUGUGGUUGCCCAGAAGGGUGUCGAGGAGAAGAAGGAGUCCAAGUCCAAGUUGGCCGUAGAGGUCGGGCUCUUGGGUGCGGCUGUCGCCGCCUACGCUGCGAAGUUGACUUCUUUGAAAUCCGAUAGCGAGAAGCAGCCCCACCGCAUCGCCGCUGCCAAAGAGAAGUUUUCUGCCUGGAACCAGGAGAGGCGGGAAAUGGCAGAGAAGAUUGCCCGCGAGCAUGAGCAGCAGCGCUUGGAGGCCCGCGAGGCCGCUGCCACCGAGAGGGUGAUGGCGGAAAUCGAGGAGGAGAAGCAGAGGUUGGCCGAGGAGAAACAGCGCGUCUUGGAGGAAAAGGAGCAGAUCGAGAGGGAGGAGCAGGAGAAGCUUGCGGCAGAGGAGCAGGCGAAGAAGGAUGCUGAGGAGAAGGCUGCCCAGGAAAAGAGGGAGGCCGAAGAAAAGGCUGCCCAGGAGAAGAAGGAGGCUGAAGAUAAGGCUAGGAAGGAGGCCGAGGAUAAGGCCGCCAAGGAAGCCGAGGAAAAGAGAACGGCCGAAGAGAAGGUGGCCAGAGAGCAGAGGGAGGCUGAGGAAAAGGCGCAGAAAGAGGCGGACGAAAAAGCUAAGAAGGAUGCCGAGGAGAAGAAGGCAGCGGCGGCUCUCGCUGUGGCUGAAGAGAAGAAGGCCGCGCAGGCUCAGGCCGCCAAAGAAAAGCAGGAGGCCAAGGAAAGAAAGUUGGCCGAGAAGGAGGCCGCGAAGGAGAGGAAGUUGGCCGAGAAGGAGGCUGCUAAAGAGAAGAAGUUGGCCGACGAGCAAAAAGCCAAAGAGGCCAACGCGGCCAAGGCUGCGGCCGUCGGCAGUGUCUCGCAGACCGCCAACAGCGAUGGCGGCGCGGCCGAGCCAAAGUCCGCAAGCAAGAAGGAGACUGUUCCUGGCGCUGCCACCGAAAAGACUGAGGAGCCCGAGAAGAAGGACCACAAGGCCUUGGCUGGCUUUGGCGUGGGCGCCGGCGCCGGUGCUUUGGCCGGAGCAGGCAUCAGCGCCAUUCCCCGGAAGGGCUCGGAUGCCGACAGCGCCCGGAGCCACAGUUUCUCCAAGAAGUUGAAGUCGGUGUUCGGGAGGAAGAACAGCGACGGGGCCGUUUCCGCGAGCACGAAGCAGAAAGCUGCGGUGCCUCUGAAGAAGACCGUCGCGGCUCCUACGGAUGACUGGGUGUCUAUUUACGAGGAGGUUUCCGACAACGAGUACGAGCAGCACAAGAACGACGAGGACUACAUUGAGGUCGAUGGCGCCAAGGCCGAGGAGUUGCUCAGGCGCCACCGCGACGUGCUUCCCAAAAAGUAG